AUGAAGAGCAUCCAUAACUGCGAUCCAGUGAUUAGAAACCACAUCAAGAAACUGCUGUUGCUGCCUUUGCUGGGGCCUGCUGGAAGCAGGACGGCUCUGUUCUUGGGACCCUGGCCUUUCUCUCACCUUAUGCUCUGGUUUUCGGCUCCCGGAAGACAGCGAGGGCACCAUGGCCUUGCAUCCUUCAAGCUCCUGUGGUGUUUGUGCCUCCUGGCCCUUACGUCCCUCCCGCAGCGGGUAUGGGCACCCCCCUACAAGAUAGGGGUGGUGGGCCCUUGGACUUGUGAUCCAUUGUUCUCAAAGGCCCUGCCCGAGGUUGCCGCUCGGUUAGCCAUUGAGCGGAUCAACAAGGACCCAUCGUUUGACCUGGGUUACUCUUUUGAAUACGUGAUUCUCAAUGAAGACUGCCAGGCUUCCAGGGCUCUAUCCAGUUUCAUUUCCCACCACCAGAUGGCCUCAGGAUUUAUUGGACCUGCCAACCCUGGCUACUGCGAGGCAGCCUCACUCCUGGGAAACAGCUGGGACAAAGGGAUUUUCUCUUGGGCCUGUGUGAAUUAUGAAUUAGACAAUAAAAAUAGCCAUCCGACCUUUUCUCGGACACUCCCUUCUCCCAUCCAGGUGCUGGUAACCAUCAUGAAAUAUUUCCAGUGGGCUCACGCUGGAGUCAUUUCCUCAGAUGAAGACAUUUGGGUGCAUACAGCCCAUCGAGUUGCAAGUGCUCUUCGGAGCCGCGGCCUACCUGUAGGGGUCGUCCUGACCACAGGACAAGACAGCCAAAGCAUCCAGAAAGCUCUACAGCGGAUUCGCCAGGCAGACAGAAUUCUCAUAAUCAUCAUGUGUAUGCAUUCGACCUUGAUUGGGGGAGAGACUCAGACACAUCUCUUGGAAUGGGCUCAUGAUCUGAAAAUGACUGAUGGAACCUAUGUCUUUGUUCCCUAUGACGCCCUGCUCUACAGUUUACCUUAUAAGCAUACCCCCUACCAGGUUCUAAGGAACAAUCCAAAACUCCGGGAAGCCUAUGAUGCUGUGUUGACCAUUACAGUGGAGUCCCAAGAAAAGACCUUCUCUCAAGCCUUUAUGGAAGCAGCAGCUAGAGGUGAAAUUCCUGAGAAGCUGGAGUCAGAUCAAGUUUCACCGUUGUUUGGAACCAUCUACAAUUCAAUUUACUUUAUCGCACAAGCCAUGAAUAAUGCUAUGAAAGAAAAUGGACGGGCCAGUGCUGCCAGUCUGGUUCAGCAUUCCAGAAACAUGCAGUUCUAUGGAUUCAACCAGUUGAUAAGGACAGAUUCAAAUGGAAAUGGAAUUUCAGACUAUGUAAUCCUGGACACCAACUGGAAAGAAUGGGAACUCCACAGUACUUACACUGUGGACAUGGAAACAGAGCUGCUACGAUUCAGAGAGACCCCAAUUCACUUCCCUGGUGGCAGGCCACCUCAAGCAGAUGCAAAAUGCUGGUUUGCAGAAGGGAAGAUCUGCCAAGGAGGCAUCGACCCUGCCUUCGCUGUGAUGGUCUGCCUUGCCUUGCUUAUAGCCCUGCUGUCUAUUAAUGGAUUUGCUUACUUUAUAAGACGUCGUAUAAAUAAAAUCCAGUUGAUUAAAGGACCCAACAGAAUUCUACUGACUUUGGAGGAUGUGACGUUUAUCAAUCCCCACUUUGGCAGUAAGAGAGGAAGUCGUGCCAGUGUAAGCUUCCAGAUCACAUUGGAGGUCCAAAGUGGAAGGUCCCCAAGGCUCUCCUUUUCUUCAGGGAGCCUAACUCCAGCUACCUAUGAAAACUCCAACAUAGCGAUUUAUGAGGGUGAUUGGGUGUGGCUGAAAAAGUUCCCCUCUGGAGAUUUUGGAGACAUUAAAUCCAUCAAAUCAAGUGCAAGUGAUAUGUUUGAAAUGAUGAAGGACCUACAUCAUGAGAAUGUUAACCCUUUAGUGGGCUUCUUCUAUGAUUCGGGGAUGUUUGCCAUUGUGACAGAAUUCUGUUUCCGAAGGAGCCUGGAAGACAUACUGACAAAUCAGGAUGUGAAACUAGAUUGGAUGUUUAAAUCAUCACUCCUGCUGGAUCUCAUCAAGGGCAUGAAGUACUUACAUCACAGAGAGUUUGCUCAUGGGAGGCUGAAGUCUCGGAACUGUGUGGUGGAUGGGCGUUUUGUACUCAAAGUGACAGAUUAUGGCUUUAAUGACAUCUUGGAAACGCUAAGACUCUCCCAAGAGGAACCUUCUGCGGAAGAGUUGCUGUGGAUGGCCCCUGAACUGUUGAGAGCCCCGAGGGGCAGCAGGUUACGUUCUUUUGCGGGAGACGUCUAUAGCUUUGCCAUCAUCAUGCAAGAAGUGAUGGUCCGGGGCGCCCCAUUCUGCAUGAUGGAUCUGCCUGCCAAAGAAAUCAUAGACAGACUUAAGAAGCCUCCUCCUGUCUACAGACCAGCGGUUCCUCCUGAGCACGCCCCUCCAGAAUGUCUCCAGCUGAUGAAGCAGUGCUGGGCUGAGGCUGCAGAACAGCGACCAACUUUCGAUGAAAUAUUUAACCAGUUUAAAACUUUCAAUAAAGGGAAGAAGACUAAUAUUAUUGACUCUAUGCUUCGGAUGCUGGAGCAAUAUUCUAGCAACCUGGAAGAUUUGAUCCGGGAGCGGACUGAAGAGCUGGAAAUUGAAAAACAGAAAACGGAAAAGCUUCUAACACAGAUGCUACCACCAUCAGUUGCUGAAUCCCUCAAAAAGGGCUGCACGGUUGAACCUGAGGGCUUUGACUUGGUCACCUUGUACUUCAGCGACAUUGUGGGCUUCACCACCAUCUCAGCCAUGAGUGAGCCCAUCGAGGUGGUGGAUCUUCUCAAUGACCUGUACACACUCUUUGAUGCCAUCAUUGGCAGUCAUGAUGUCUACAAGGUAGAGACCAUUGGAGAUGCUUACAUGGUGGCCUCAGGCCUCCCAAAGAGGAAUGGCAUGAGGCAUGCAGCCGAGAUUGCAAACAUGUCCCUAGAUAUCCUCAGCUCCGUGGGUACCUUCAAGAUGCGGCACAUGCCAGAGGUGCCAGUCCGGAUUCGAAUAGGCCUGCACUCAGGGCCGGUUGCUGCUGGAGUGGUGGGCCUCACCAUGCCCAGAUGAUACUGCUUAUUUGGAGACACUGUGAACACAGCUUCUCGGAUGGAAUCAACAGGGUUACCUUAUCGCAUUCACGUCAGUCACAGCACGGUGACAAUUCUUCGAACCCUGAGUGAAGGCUAUGAAGUGGAGCUUCGAGGAAGGACAGAGCUCAAGGGCAAAGACACAGAAGAGACCUUCUGGCUGGUUGGAAAAGAAGGCUUCACGAAGCCCCUUCCCGUGCCUCCAUCAGUGGGCAAAGAUGGGCAAGUGGGCCAUGGCCUGCAACCAGUGGAGAUUGCAGCCUUCCAAAGAAGAAAAGCAGAAAAGCAGCUGGUGAGAAACAAGCCGUAA